AACUACUGUUUUACAAUGGUUGCCGUUUAGUCGCUGAAUCUUAAUGUUUGCAAAAAAAGUCUGUUGUUUCCACUAAUGUUCACUGAAAUUAUCUGCAUCGUCGACGCUUUCGGAUCCAGAGAUCUGCGGUACAGAUGUACUAUUUACAACAGUUAAUAACAUCAUUUGGAAUCAACUUAAAUAUUCAGAAAAAAAUAUCUAGUUAAUCAGUGAACACAUUUCUGACGAUACUUUUUUCCUAUUUUUCAAUAACUUUCUGUAUUUCGCGGAUAACGCAAGAUUAGACACUGAUAAUUUGGUUGGUUUUUUUAUUUGUUUUAAUUACACGGGUUCCACAAACCCACAGCUUUGACUUUGUGAGCUGCGUCACGGCAUAUAUUAUCCCAUAUCAAUUAAUUGAAACCCAGCUGUUGGCGUUACCAUACACUAUUCAGACCGUGGUUUCACUUGCACUGAACUACAUCUCCAUUGAGAAGGGCAAAACACAAAGUGUGCUAUGUAGGUGAUUGGUUAACAAAUAGAAGGGGAAGAAAAGGAGGGGAAAAAAAAAAAAAAUUGUACUUGCUGACAACGAUUGUCUAUUCGUCUUGUACUCAAGGGAAAUAAUCCAAGUGGAAAUAUUGCUGUUUUUUAUUAGUAUUAUUAUUCCCAGUUAACAGACGUAAAACAGUUGGCACCGACACCAAAGGUCUUUCUGGUCAUAGAUCAAAGCUAACGAACUCUCGUUUGUUUUCUACGAACAAAGGACACAGUUUUCAAUCAACCUCGUUGGAAAUAAUUGGAUCCCAUAGUCUCCACGUUGUAUGCUGGGCUUAAUUUUCAAAAGAAAUCCAGCCACGUUGGAGGUACUGGCGCUAUUACCCAAGAUCCAGCGACAGGAGUAUAGGAAUAUUACGAGCAGAGCGAGAAGUGACAAACGUUAAACUAUCUGCAGGAAUUGCAAGACGAGCGAGAAAGUGUCGCGGUCGACAACUCGUAAUGAAACCCCAAGACGGUUCACUCAUUUGCUUGUUCCGGUAAUUGCAAUUAAUUUCCGAGCUUUCCAACCCGAUGUCGCCAUCGCCCAUCGGCGUAACAGGAAGCCCGAGGAAGCCACGUGACGUGGAUUAGUAAUUCCGCCCGUUACUCGCCACUAUCAUCUUCCAACAAGCGUAACUAGAAGUCUUCUCGUUUUAAAUUCAAAAACUUACAAUUUUUACCAAUAGAGACUCUGUGUUAUAUAUUCAGCAACUGUUAUUUCUUUAUUAAUUUUUAUGAAUUAUUUUAUCAUUACUACUAGAAAAAAAACACCCUGAAUUUUAACAACCCUUUGUCUCCCACUGUGGAAGUGUGGCAUUGCUUUGCAGUCUGAAGACAAAUAGUCUCAUAAAGCGAAGUCAUACAACAUGGAAUGCCAUUUCCGGCUGACAUUUCAGUGGACAUGGGAAAAAUAGAUCGGUUUGGAAAAGAGGUCCCAUGGAUAUUACGCCUGCUUGACUGAUCGGUUAUUCCCCCAUAAACUGGAUACGUUGUGGAAGUCCUACAUGAUUGUGUAUUGCAAUGUACAGCAGUUGUAAGAGUUUUUUUUCUCUUCUAUUUUCGCUCGUUCAAUGGAACUAUAUUCUGAAGUUUGGUCGUUGAUGAUUUCUUCACGAAAAUCUACCACUUCUUAUUCAAACUUCAAUUGAGCACAAGUUCUUUGUUAGAAAAGGAAAGAAGAGACAAAAAUUGUGUUCAAUUAUAUGAAUGUAUUGCUUCAAACCGCGAAAUUUCAAUGACCGCUCCUCUGCUCGUUGCUGCUUCCAUCAAGGAAAUCUAGUAGUCGUUACUGGAUGUGUUUGAAAAUAGUUUAGUGGCCGGUCAUACAAUCGCGUUCCAUUACUGAUUCAAAGACUGCUAGGAAAUAUGGAGGCUUCUCGAACAGCACUAAACCAUCUUUACGACAGAAAACAAAUCCCCAGUUAGUGUUCGUAUUAUAUUGAAUGAGCAACACCUUUUUUGUGAUAUUCCUGGAAGAGAAUGGACUUGCUCAGUGACACCUGGAGUGUGGCAAUACCCUGGCUACGAUAACACCAUGGAAUAACCGUGAUGUAUUGAUUUCUAAAUUAAAUCCAAUACUACAACCAAGAACUGGACUUGUCUGUGUGUUAUCAUAUUUAAAACAAAAACAAAGAAAAAUAUCAAAAUUGAGAUCUGUUUUCUUUCGCAUCACUUUGUUGAAUUCGUAGAAAAUCGCCGUUUGUCUUUUGCUGAUUCUACAACUAUUCAUGUGAAAGGCGUGUACCACUGUGCAAAUAUGAAACCUUCUGUAUGACAGGAAAAGAUGGACAUUAUCGCGUGAAAUAUAAUGUAUGUAGAAACUUCACGAAAACAACAAAAACGACAUAGGUUAUGUUGUUUCGUAAGGCGGUUGUUCGAAAAUCAUUGUAAUUCGUGAAUCGAAAAACCAAUUUCAGGAAAAGAAAAAUUGGAGACCAGCUAAGUUAAAAAUGCAGAUUGUCUCGUUUGUCUAAUUGAUUCAUCGACCGACGAUUCUUUCCUUAGGUCUUCGUUUUUCGUUUUGUUUUAAUUUUGAUUUAAUUCCGCACAAAGACAAUUGUCUAGUUCCUAAACAAAUAUGGCCAUGAAUUUCACCAACUUCUCUCUGGUGAAUUGCACACAGGCCGAGGACACGGACAACCAGGCCUAUUCCGAGUUCUACCACACGGCCCGGAUGGUGACGGGACUGAUUUUGUAUCCGUGCAUCUGCUUCCCGGGUUUGAUCGGGAACUUCCUGACCGUCAUUGUGAUGUCUCAGAGGAAUAUGCGGUCGUCCACCAACGCCUUUCUCAGCGCCCUGGCCGUCUCCGACGCCGUCAAGCUGAUCAACGACAUCCUCUACUUCAUGGUCAUCAUCUUCUACAAGACCGAUUCCAUCAUGGGCAACAGGGCAUACGGAUACCUGUAUCCCUACGCGCACUUCAUCUUCAGCCUGUCGGUGUGUGUGUCUUCCUGGCUGACGGUCUCCGUCGCCGUCGAGCGGUACAUCAUGGUAUGUCACCCGACCAAAGCGCGGGAGAUGUGCAGCCGCACGAGGGCCGUACUCACGUGCAUUUCCGUUUACGUUCUGAUGACGCUCGUGGCGCUGCCGUCUGCUUUCCGCUACCGCACGCACUGGUGUUGGGACGAGUCGUUGAAGUCCACAAUGUUGGAGGUGGAUUUGACUGAACUGUGGAGCAACGAGGCGUUCGUAACGGCGUACACGUGGGCGCAAAACUUGCUCCGGUCCAUCAUCCCACUCAUCGUGUUGGUUGGCCUAAACGCGUGCAUCAUCGGCGCUCUCCGGAAGUCGAGAGCCAGCAGGCGGAAUAACUCUAGACACCGCGUGACCAUCAUGAUGAUAAUGGUGAUUGUUGUGUUCAUGGUGUGUAUUACCCCAGAUGCUAUAAUGUCGACAGUGUUCGGGUUUGGAUACCACGAGGCCGGGCAUCUAGUGAAAGGGAUUCGGGAGUUUACGGACACACUGCUCGCCCUGAACGCUGCAUCUAACUUCAUUAUCUAUUGCCUCUUCAACAAAGUGUUCAGACAGUCGUUCACUAAGUGGUGUUGUCCGGAGCAGAAACCCGCAAAGUUCCAAACCGAACUGGACGAGUCACAAUACAGAAGGCUUUCAGGGGCCAAAGCGAAGCAAAGUGCUAUUAAGAACACCAAUUUAUGUACAGCUGAAAACAACACAUGAAUAUUAAUUUAACUCAUAACGUGCUUAGUGCAUUAAUUAAUUAUUGCCACUGUAUUCUAUUUAACUCCCACUGACAAUACAUGAAUGUUAAUUAAAAGGAUACUAUUA